CGCGACCGGAAGUCCUGUUCCGAGAGGAGGCUGAGGACCCCGGAGAGGCCGAGGCGGGCGCUGGACAUUUCCCAUGGAUGAGCUGGUGCAUGACUUGGCCUCGGCCUUGGAGCAGACCUCAGAACAAAACAAGCUGGAUGAGCUGUGGGAAGAGAUGGCCCUGAGCCCACGGCAGCAGCGGCGGCAGCUUCGCAAGAGGAGGGGUCGUAAGCGGCGCUCAGACUUCACGCACCAGGCGGAGCAUGCCUGCUGCUACAGUGAGGCUUCGGAAUCAAGCUUGGAUGAAGCCAUGAAGGACUGUCGUGAGGUGUUGACUGCCAACUUCAGUGACUCAGAUGACAUGGCUGUGGCCAAACGCCACCCAGCUCUGAGUGCCACCCUAAAGAGCAAGCAGCAUUCUUGGCAUGAGUCGGACUCCUUCACGGAAAAUGGACCCUGCCGACCCCUCAGGCGUCGCCGGAAGGUGAAACGUGUGACCUCAGAGGUAGCUGCUAGCCUCCAGCAGAAACUCAAGGUGUCAGAGUGGAACUAUGAGAGAGGCUAUAGGUUCAAGUCAGCCAAGAAGCAGCGUCUGUCACGCUGGAAGGAGAAUGCCCCUUGGACUUCAUCCAAUCAUGGCCUGUGUGAGUCAGUAGAGAACAGGCCCUUCCUAAGUAAAGGCGGGAGGAAGGAGAGGAUGGAGUGUGAAGCGGAUGAACAAAAACAGGGUUCUGAUGAAAACAUGUCUGAAUGUGAAACCAGCAGCGUAUGCAGCAGCAGUGACACUGGCCUCUUCACCAAUGACGAAGGCCGUCAAGGGGAUGAUGAGCAGAGUGAUUGGUUCUAUGAGGGAGAAUGUGUCCCAGGAUUCACCGUCCCCAACCUACUGCCCAAGUGGGGAGCAGAUCACCGGUCUGAGGUGGAGCGAAUGGACUCUGGCCUGGAAAAACUCUCCGACUCUACGUUCCUUUUGCCCUCCCGGCCUGCUCAGAGGGGGUUUCAUGCUCGUCUGAACCGCCUUCCAGGAGCUGCUGCCCGCUGUCUCAGAAAGGGACGUAGGAGACUCGUUGGCAAGGAGACCAGCUUGAGCACUCUGGGCAGUGAGAGGAUGGGUCACAUCGUUAGUGACCCACGUCAAAAAGAAAAGAACAAAGUGCUGGCUUCCGAUUUCCACCACAUUGUGGCCUGUGCACAUGAGUUCAAUCCGUUAUCUCCUUUGUACUCUCUGGAUGUUCUUGCUGAUGCCUCCCACAGAAGAUGCUCACCAGCACACUGCACUGCCAGACAGACAAAUAUACACCUGGGACCGCCCUGCUCAAGGGAUAUCAAGAGGAAACGAAAGCCAGCAGCAGCUGCAGCCUCUCUUUCCAGCCCUACUUCAGGAGAUCUCUGGACCCUUUGCUGCAAGAGCCUAAUUCUUGCUAAGCAGCUUUACCUGUCCACAUGGAUGCAGCAGACUCAUCCCUGCCAGCGACACAGUCCCAGAGGUGCCAGAGCUCUGACUGGACGGGCAGAACCCAGGCAACAGAGAAAUCCACUGCUGCUGCCCCAGCUAACUUCUUUAAAACACCACAAGAGAAGGGCUCUGGAUACAGCUAGAUGGAGGUGUCUCUACUCGGAGCUGGUUGCGUUUAUGAAAUGUUGGACUUCGAAGUACAUCAGCACUGAACGUCUCAUUUGGCAAUAACCAUCUCAUCAGUGUUGUAGCCGUUAUGCGCCCUAGUCCUAGAUCAAGACUCCAUUGUGCUGGGCCCUAUUCAAACACAGAACAAAGACUGUUCCUGCCCCAAAUGGCUUAGUCAUUGCUCUCUUGGCCUUUCAUCUAAUUUGAGUCCGUGGUGUGCUCAGAAUGAUUGUCAGUUCCAUGAGAACAAGUAAGAUUUUUUUUUUUUUGUGAUGCUGUAUAAAGUGAAGUCUGGCUCUAUCGCACUAUGUUCCCUUGUGAAGGUGAUCACUCACUUCAUGAGCCUCCUAGGGGGCUGGUGAGGACAAAACAGGCUGUCUUUUUUCCUUGUGCCCCCUGUUAACAGUUGUUCCCGCACAGCAGUAGUCUGCCUUUCAGUGACAGCCCUCUGGCCAAGUCAUGAAUUGUGUCCACCCCUUUCAGGGUACACAGAUUCCAACAAAGGAUAGCUUUAGUGUCAGGCAAAGAGGUUCCAGGCCACACUGGGCCAAGGUCCCAGAGUCAUGACCCUCUGGGUUAUAGAGUCUUCCUAGUCCAUAUUCCUCUGUACCCAGUGUAGCUUUUUGCCUUCAGCCAUAUCUGGGGGUUGGUAGGGGAACCCUGGCCUACCCUCUCCACCAGGUCCUAAUCCAAGGCCAUGUGGUAGGCAGCAAGGUCCUGCACCCUAAUGGACUGUGCUGCUGCUCCCCUGCAUUGCUUCCUACCAGUCUCUCACAGAAGGGCAAAGCAAAGACAUGUAAGCAAAAUAAAUCAAAAGAUAAAUCCCAGACCUUGCAGCUAUCCAAAGUCCCUUUUCCCUCAGCAGAUCAGGUAGGUUCUUAAUAGUCAGGGGUCCCAGGCAGCUGGCCCUUCCAUAGUACUCCCUCUGAGAAGCUAAGAGCAUCGGCCUGCUCACCUCCAAUGACUGACUACGAUUGAGUUGCUCUGCUCCCCUUUUAAACUCCUCCAGUGCCUGCAUGCAUUGCAAGUGGGGCAGCCUAGGCCCAAAGUAGCUCUUUAACCCAUUCUUUUCCAGUGCAGGAUUUGUACACCCCAUCACAUUCCUUCAUCUGCUAAUUCAGUAAUUCUAUUUUAUUAUAUGUGUUUUACUGUAGUUUCUGGAGGCCUCAGGAAGGAUCAAGGCUCAGUUUUGCUAGGUGCUGUACCAAAUGCAGACUAAAAGAACAGCUUCUGCCUUGGAGUGUUUACAAUUUAAUAAAGGGUGAAGAAGGUAUGAAGACGGAGGUGAGGAAAAGAAACGAAAGAGGCAUUGUGGUUGGUGUCACUGAAUGAUCGAUUAUUACAAUUGAAUGAUUGUAGCAUGUGCAGAGAUGCAUAUUACCAGCGCCUUGAACAAAGAUGACACUGAGGCAGUUGUCUGCUGUGCUCCCAGCCACAGGGGAUCAUGCCAUCAUGGACAUCACUGACCCAUGUACACAGUGGGUAUGGGAUGAAAAAGGAAAUUGCCACAGGGGCAGCUAGAGAUUUGGUUGGUUGCCACUAGUUUCAUCUUUUGUCCCUUGGUCUCUCUCCUCCCCUCCCGCCCCCCGAAAAAGUAGGUACAGUAUAACCUGAGAGUUAGGAACACCAGAGUUAUGAACUGACCAGUCAACCACACACCUCAUUUGAAACCAAAAAUAUACAAUCAGGCAGCAGCAGAGACCAAAAAACCAAAACCACAAAUACAGUACAGUACUGUGUUAAAUGUAAACUACUAAAAAAUAAAGAGAAACCAGCAUUUUUCUUCUGCAUAGUAAAGUUUCAAAGCUGUAUUAAGUCAAUGUUCAGUUGUAAACUUUUGAAAGAACAACCAUAAUGUUUUGUUCAGUUAUGACCAUUUCAGAGUUAUAAUGACCUCCAUUCCUGAGGUGUUCGUAACUCUGAGGUUCUAUUGUAUUUAAAAGAAGAAAAUAAAAAAGGUAGGUGCUUCAAAAUCAUAAAGGAAUGAUAUGAACUGGAAAGGGCCUGGCAUUCAUUACUGAGCUAUAGACAAAGCAUGUUACAGGGGGACCGUCAAAUGCGCAGUGUGAACACCACCUGCCCCCAGUGUCUGUUCUUGUAUCUUUAAUUUUGUCCCCUUUUUUGCCACAGCUUAGUUGUUUGGUUUGGGAGGUGUGUUGUCUUUGUAUCAUAUAAUAAUAAUAAUUAAUAAUGGAGAUAUCCCAUCUCCUAGAACUGGAAGGGACCUUGAAAGGUCAUCAAGUCCAGCCCCCUGCCUUCACUAGCAGGACCAAGUACUGAUUUUGCCCCAAAUUCCCAAGUGGCCCCCUCAAGGAUUGAACUCACAACCCUGGGUUUAGCAGGCCAAUGCUCAAACCACUGAGCUAUCCCUCCCCCCCCCAUGUUUUUUACAUAGAACAUCUAUGUAAAAAAACAACCCUCCCUCCCAAAAAAAAAUGCCUUCUAGUGAGUGACUUAGAGCUCAAUCUGUUUUGCUUAGCACUGAGGUUGAGAAGUGACUUCAUUAUGGUGUAGAAGUUCUUUCAUGGGGAGAAAAGGCUGAGUACUAACAGUCUCUCUCUGACCUAGCAGAGAAAGGCAUUACAAGAACCAAUGGCUGGAAGCUCAAGUCAGACAAAUUCCAGUUAUAAACUAGGCACAAAUUUUUAACAGUCAUGGUCAUUAACCAAUGGAACAACCUACUCUGGAAGUGGUGGAUUCUCAAUCUCUUGAUGUCUUCGUAUCUAGACUGGAUGUCUUUCUGGAAGGUAUGCUUUAGUCAUACCUAUGUUACUGGGUUCAACACGGGUAAAUGGGUGAAAUUCUAUGGUCUGCUUCAUAGUGGAGGUCAGAUUAGAUGGUCAAAUAGUUUUUUGGCUCUGAAAUGUAUGAAGCAGGUUGGCUUUUGUCUUCCUAUCUUUCCACUCUAUUGUUGUGUGAGAAGAGAGAUGCAAUGAAAGGUGUGUAGCAUUACAGUUCUGAGCAGUAUAAUCUGGGCAAAAAAUCCAGAAGAUCUGUGAAAUGACUGAAGAUAUUGUGUUGCCAAAGGGCUGCAAGCAUGGAAUCAGCAGUUGGUGAGACAAGGAGAAAGGCAAGAAUUUUGCUUAUGCAAUUAAACGUACAUCUAUGUAACCUCACAGGACUGGAGACAGUGUAGCAAUGUGUUGUUGAUGUGCAAUUUCGAGGCACCCAACUAUCUCCUGGUUAAAGAUUCCUUAACAGUUAGGAUGCCCACCUAUUCCUGCUACACACAAGCGAAGCAGGAAUCCUCCUGGUUCUAUGCAGAAUCUCAGUGUUGAGUCAACUUCAGGAGCUCUAUCUCAGCUCUUUAGCUCAGUUGUGUAUUCUGUGUGAAUUAUCCCCUAGAAUAAAGCAAGUAGGGAACUGGUGGGUUCGCUAUCGCCUUGGCAGGACAUCUGAUGAAAUAAAGUACUUAUAACUUCUGUGCAUUUUAUCGCCUAUAAUCAGGAAUUGAUUCCACUUCUCCUGGUGUGACAUAAGAAAAGAUGCCUCCCUGCAGAAGUGCUCCACUGGUGGCCCCUGGUUUGAUAUGGAAAUGGAAUGGGCAGGUGUCUUCCUAUGGAAGAGCUCUGCUGCACCCAGCUUCUGACAGGAGAUGAUGUGGCUGGAGAGAGUGUUGUUCCCACUGGUAUCAUGGUCUCUAAUAACGAGAGGGCAAUGACCAGCUUUAAAAUGUACCAAACUGCAUCUCCUGGCAUGUUUCAAAAUAAAUAUAAAAUUCCUGCACUGAUAGGGCAGUGCCCCAUGCCAGCAAUGAAAUCACGGAUCCUGGAAAUGGCACUGACAUCUAGUCCUAGCAGCUGUCUUUGUUGUCCGGAAUGAUGUAUUCUAGUCCUUGGUACUGGAAGUUCUGCUAUUAAUACCCUGAGCUGAGGCCUUGUGCACUGAGUUGGCCCCUGGGCAGAGCUGAAAUCUAAGAAUUCCCACUCUCUCACCUUCGGCUGCACCAGAGACUAAGCCAAGAGCAGGAAAAGCUAGAAGAAACCUGAUCAUUCAUCUGUCAUGGGCAGCCUAUCCAAAGAGAGUCCUGGGAUGGCUUUCCCCCAGAAACCUGUAUGGGGCACUAUGUACAUAUCACAAGUGUUUUGUGUGGUCAUGGACUUUCCCUAUUAACAGGGCUUGGACUCCAGACUGUUAGGACUUUUUGUUUGUUUGGUAAGGUUGUAAACAAGGAAAACUCAUGAGUGUGUCCCUGGGUCUAAAAACAUGCUGUGUACUCUCUGAGCCAAUCUCUCAGAGAAUCUUUGUUCAGAUUGUAGAAACUGGAAAUAAAAGCAAUAUUCA